UUACUCGGUCCGACCAUUUCCAAGAUGGCGAAGCGCGCGUGACAUCUACGGUCGUCGGUCGGUCCCCGCUGCAGUCGUCGUACGUAGCGAACGAACGCGAUAUUUUUUUACUCUCCACUCUCGUGUCGUAGGCAGUCCGAAAAAUGUUCUCGUCCGAUUUUUAAUCAUUACGAUUAGUUUUCUUAUUUUACAUAAUAUAAUAUAUAUUAUAUUUUGAUCGACGCCGCCGCCGUUCUCCGCAGUGUAUAGUAAUAAUAAUAUCUACCGCUGCCGCCGCCGCCGCCACCACAAACGCUGUUAUCGUUAUCGUUAUUAUUAUUAUUAUUAUUAUCGUCAUCGUCGUACCUACGCGGUGUUUGGCCGAUGUGAUGGAUUCGAUUUGGUGAGUCCGACUUUGAUGGAUACAGUACCGCAGACACGAUGCCGAGACGACGGAACGGAGAGAUACCGUUGCCCGACGGUUGGGAUUUCGCGAGAGACUACGACGGCAAAGUGUACUUCAUCGACCACAAUUCCAAAAAGACCACUUGGAUCGACCCCAGAGACAGGUACACCAAACCACAAUCGUUUGCUGAUUGUAUUGGUAAUGAAUUGCCUCUUGGAUGGGAAGAGGCCAUCGAUCCAGUUAUCGGAGUCUAUUAUAUCAACCAUUUCAACCAAUGCACCCAAUUGGAAGACCCAAGGUUGGAAUGGAGAGCUGUCCAGGAAGCUAUGUUGAGAGAUUACCUUCAUACAGCCCAAGACGUCUUAGAAGCGAAAAAAGAAAUUUACGACAUAAAACAGCAACGGUUGUAUUUAGCUCAAGACGAAUACAAUCACCUCAACAAUGCUCUGUCAACAUUAAACACGUCUAGAACUAGUCUCUGUUCGAGCACCAGUAAUAUAAGUACAAAAUAUGAUCCCGAUUUGCUCAAGUCAGACGUCGCUCACGCCCGGGAAAGAGUUACCAGGUUGAAACGCGAAUUGGAACAGAUCGGCGUCGAGAUGUCGUGCACGCGACGCGGAGUCGAGACCCUCUCAAACGUGGAACAAAAACUGUCCAACGACGGAAGCCGUUACAACGUGGUCGAGGCUCAAGCGAUCGUCACCGAGCUGCGAGAGAUCCAACAGUCGCUGAGUUCCGGACAACGCGAGCGCACCGGCCUGAUGCAUUCGCUGGCCAAGUUGAAAGACGAUCUGACGCGACUGCAGCUGUGUUCCGCCACCGACGAUCCCGAUCUGCAGACGCAGCAUUCGUCGUCCACGCAGCUCAGCGACAAGCUCAGCACGGCUUCGCAGACGGACUUGUCCGGCGAGUUGAUGCCCAUGGGCACGAGACUCGCCGAAAUGGCGCGCAUGCGUCUCGAGUACGACGAGGCGCGAAAGCGCAUACAAAACAUACAGCAACAGUUGGCCGAUCUCGAGGAAAAAGUGAUGCCCGGCCAAGAGGAGUCGGACAAGGACCGAUUGCUUCUGUUCCAAGAGAAGGAACAGCUGCUGAGGGAGCUCAGGAGCAUAACGCCCCGUUCAAGAAGUCACAGGGAGAUGGACGACAUUCAGGGGGAGAUCAAGAAACUCGAACAAGACCUGAACAACGCGUUGGAAAUGUCCAACAGAGCCAUCACCGACAGAUUGAGAUUGCACGAGGAAAAACAGCUGCUGUUGCAACAGCUCAAGGAAGCGUUGCGGUCGAUGACACAACUGGAAUCGCAACUGAAAACGCUGUCGGCGUCCACCCUGUCGGUCAGUUCAAGCUCGAGUCUGGGCUCGUUGUCCACGACUAGCAGCAAGGGCUCGCUGAGCAGUGGUCUCAGUUUCACUGACAUCUAUGGCGGGCCUCAAUGUCUGGCCCCGGCUACAUACGACCGGCCUAUCGACAUGGCUGACUUGCACAAGAGAGUUGAGAGGCUUUUGCAAAAUGACAAUCAACCGCCAGCAUAUGAGAACCCAGGUGAAUCGUCCGGUUCUGUUCCCAACGUCGGCGGUAACGUGACAUACUCCAGAAGCUGUCGACCAACAAGCCCUCCGCUCUCACCCAUAUCUGAGACGCCUCCCAGGAGCGUGUCGGCUGCGGUCAGUGACGAGUCAGUUGCCGGUGAUUCUGGCGUGUUCGAAGCCAGUCACAAGUCUAAUUUCAGUGCAGAAACUUCCCAAGUUCAAAUCAGGCUGAGGUAUUCAAUUGCUGAGCAAGUGUUACAUGUUUGUAUUGAGAGAUUGCGCAAUGUAGUAGCACUGUCUAUAGCGGAAUCAUGGCAAUUAUACAUUAAAAUUGUACUGUUGCCGAGCAGUUCAAAUACUUCACUCAGUGGUUGUACAAAGCCUAUAUCUGAUCUGUCAAAACCCAGAUUCGGCGAUAGUUUUGCGUUUAAUUUGCCAUCCAACAAAUUAUGUACAAAAACUUUACAGGUCAACGUAUGGGGAUUAGGUCCUGAUGAUAUAACUGAGUGUUUGGCAUGUGCUCAAGUGAGUUUGGCUGAAUUUAAUGAGACUGAGAACAACUCUUGGUGCAAAUGGUAUAACUUGUUGAGUCUGAAAUGCAUGCAUAAUGGUGGUUCUCUACCUUCUAUCUUGCUCAAGGAUGAUGGCGGUGGUUCUGACGAUUCCACUAUAAUAUCAUCUCAAACGUCAACCCUUACACGCAACCAAGGUUGUUGUGAAGAAAACGAAGCAAAAUUUAUUAAUGUAGAUAAUUUAAAUGAGAAUGAAGUUGAAUAUGAUGAUGGUGAUUCAGAUGACAGUGUGAGUGACGACGAUGAUGAUGACGAAGAAGAUGACGAUAUUGAAGUUUAUCAGCUGGUUAAUGAAAAGAAAGAAUUAGAACAAGUAUUGGAAAUUCCUAACAAGGAAAACGAUACAGAAGAUAAAGAAACCAAUACAGAAUGUGCCUUUAGUGGUAGCAACGGGGAAAAUACCAGAGUACCUACAAUAGUCAUCAAAAGGUCACAAACAUUUUCACCGACAGCCAAAAACCAGUAUAUCUGUAAACUAAAUCGCAGUGAUAGUGAUAGUGCCAUGAACCUGUACAGACGACACAUAUCGUCAAGUGCUAGUAUGAAAGGCAUUGGUGGCAGUAAUGCUGAUAUAGCAUUCCGUCGCAAUUGCUUAGAACGUCGUUCAUUGCGACUAGGACGAGCGCCUGGCACAUCACCUAGUAGAUGUAUGCCUGCUGUGAAUGGUACAUCUUGGUGUCGCCCACCAAGGACGUCUAUUGAUCUAGAGCUUGAUAGACAAGCACAGCAUGCUAGGUUGUUAUCGCUAAAUGAUGAAAUAUCUAGGCUUAGACAACUGAAAAAUACACUGGAAAUAGCCAAAGAAACCGGUGACACCGACGUGGCUGCUUGGGUUUUGGAAGACGAAGAAUUCCAAAAUCUCGUUAAGGAGGCUGGAGACAAGACCCUUGACGAAAAGAAAGUAGAACGGCGGCUGAAGAGGGCGUCACAAAAAUUGUACAAUUUAAGAAAAAGUAAAGCCGGCCAAGGAAAACCUGACAUUAUUUCAUUCAAAGAAAAAAUGGCUUUCUUUACUCGACCUGGCGUUUCAGUACCUGUUCCCCCUACCAAAUCUUCACAAGACCCAAAGUCUACAGAAACACGGUAUCAAUACACUGUGGACAGGGUAUUUGGAGUAGAGGUUUAGUUCUAUUUUUGUUAUUAGUAAACUAACACAAAAAAAAAUCCCACCUGCCGCUAUUCAAAGACUAUGAUUUGUACAUAUUAUAUAAUAAAUAAAUAAAGAAAAGAAGUGGAAAAUGUUUUGAUUUAUUACAUAUUGUUGUAAUAUAAUCAAUGUUACAUUAUUGUUUUUAUUUUUUAGAUAAAUUUUAUUUAUUGUUAUUUUCUUAUUAUAUUAUUAUUAUUAUUGUUGAAAGUUUUAAAAAAGAACAAAGAAUAAUAUUUUGUAUGUGCCUUAAUUUAAAGAUUUUAGGUAGGUAGUUUAUGUGUAAGUAUUUAAAUAUUGCGAUUUGCCAUAAUUUAUUAUUAAUGAUAAUAUUGUGUAUGAAACAAACCAAUUUUAGAUCUGAUAAUUCAUUUUAUAAUUUUUUUUGCUCUAACCACCGAGGUGGUUUCGAAUUACUUUUUAAUUGUAUGUACAAAGAACCCAUUUUCUAUUACUAUUAUGGAGAAAUAGGAAUUCAAUAUUUUACAUUUUUGGCUGUGACUUAAAGUUAUAAAACAUUAACCGAAUUAAGGUUUCAUAUUAUGCUGAAUGAAUCACGCCUUGGUAAUAAUAAUUGUUAAUUUUUUUAUGGGUGCUAUAAUUCGGUUUGAUAAAAAUUGUAUAUUUAUGCCAGUUAGACUCGCGAAUUUACGUCAGAACACAAUACCAUAUUUUAUUGUCCUUUGUAAAACGAAUCAGGGUAAUGCGAUUUUAGUUUGUACGAAUUUGUAUAAUAUUAAUUAUAUGUUUAUUUUUAUUUUUGGAAACGCCGGAAAGUUUUUGAAAUAAAAUUAAUGAUAAUAAUAAUAAUAAUAUGUAUUUUAUAUUAUAUCCACGUUCAUAAUAAUAAUUAUUAUUAUUGUACGCCUUGUUAGUUUUUGUACAUUUUUUUUUCUAUUUAUAAUGAUUGUUUUGUUGAGGUAUUUUUUUUCUUUAUCUAUUUUUUUUUUUUUUGUGCAUAGUGUACAUAUUAUACUAUAUAUUAUAUACAUAAACAAUUACCUAAAACCUAACAAA